GAGACGUAUCACGUAUGUAAAACUUUUACCUCUACGCACGUUGGAAUUUAAAUUUUAAACAUGCGUGCCUUCCACUAACUCAAGCUUUUGUUCGUUGAUUGAAAUCAAGUUAUAAUGAGAACCAUAACUAUGUGAAUAAUGUGACCAUGUCCUUUCUUACAAUUCGACACCGUUUUCGCACCCUGAAGUGUAGUCAAGUUAAUGCAGCUAAAUAUAAAUAUGCAAUAGCUUAAGUUAAGUCUUCACAAGCAUAAACCCAAUAUUGCUAUGGCCACAAACAUGAAAAUAUGCACUACCUUGUACACCCUUGUUUUCCUCUUCACCCUCUGUCUUUUUUCAUCACAUGCAGCUUUCUCCUCCACUCCAAAUGGCUCAUGCGACACCACACCCUACCCAGCAUUCUGCAAAACUACUCUGCCAGCUUCUCAAUAUUUAUCCAUACAAGACCAAUGCCGUUUCUUCCCUCAGCAAUCCUUAUCAAUCACAAAAACCAUUUUCAAUUUGGUCUCUUCUUAUCUCAGAGACCCCUACACCAUUCCUCAUUCAACAGUGCACGCCCUUGAAGAUUGUCUUAAUCUUUCAGAACUUAACUCUGAUUUCUUGUCCAAUGUCCUCCAAGCCAUUGAAAACACCCUGGCUAGCUAUGAGGUCUAUGACUUACAAACCUUGCUUAGUGCAAUUUUAACUAACCAACAAACGUGCUUGGAUGGUUUUAAAGAGGUAACACCCUAUCCUAUAGUUACCAAUGCCUUAUCAAGUCCUCUUUCUGAUGCAAUCAAACUAUAUAGCACAUCUUUAGCCCUUUUCACCCGUGGUUGGGUUAGUGCAGCCACCACCACCACAGGAAGUUCAACCACGGUUGAGACUAUUAUUAAUAGAAAGUUGCUGCAAACAAGCGUUGACGACAAUGUGGUGGUGAACCCAGAUGGGUCUGGGGAUUUCGCCACCAUAAAUGAUGCAAUACAUGCUGCACCUAACAAUACCGGUACCAACAACGGGUACCAUGUAAUUUAUGUUGUCGCUGGGAUUUACAAUGAGUACGUGUCUGUUCCUAAGAGCAAGCAGAACCUAAUGCUCGUUGGAGAUGGCAUCAACCGCACUGUGCUCACUGGCAAUCGCAGCGUGGUCGAUGGCUGGACCACUUUCCAAUCUGCCACUUUCGCUGUAGUUGGAAAAGGGUUUGUUGCAGUGAACAUAACAUUUCGCAACACUGCGGGAUCCAGCAAGCAUCAAGCAGUGGCUGUGAGAAACGGGGCAGACAUGUCCACGUUCUACAAUUGUAGUUUUGAAGGUUACCAAGAUACACUGUAUGUACAUUCCCUAAGGCAAUUCUACAAAAGCUGUGACAUUUAUGGAACAGUGGACUUCAUAUUUGGCAACGCAGCAGCACUACUCCAGGAUUGUAACAUGUAUCCAAGACUUCCUAUGCAAAACCAGUUCAAUGCAAUCACAGCACAAGGCAGAACAGAUCCAAACCAAAACACUGGCAUCUCCAUACAAAACUGUUGCAUAAUAGCAGCCAGUGACUUGGGUGAUGCUACCAACAAUUAUAAUGGGAUAAAGACAUAUUUGGGUCGGCCUUGGAAGGAGUAUUCGAGGACUGUUUACAUGCAAUCUUUCAUUGAUGGCCUAAUUGAUCCAAAGGGGUGGAACGAAUGGUCAGGGGAUUUUGCUUUGAGCACGCUGUAUUAUGCAGAGUUUGCUAACUGGGGACCUGGUUCUAACACUAGCAAUAGGGUCACAUGGGAAGGUUACCAUCUCAUUGAUGAAAAGGAUGCAGAUGAUUUCACGGUGCACAAGUUUAUUCAAGGUGAGAAAUGGCUGCCUCAGACAGGAGUGCCUUUCAAAGCUGGGUUACAGUGAAUAAUUUUGGUGCUGCUUACACACUUCAACUUGUGUUCUGAUUGAAUUUAUUGUAUCAAAGAGAUACCUUAUGCAUCUAUAAAUACCUUUAUAUGUA